AUGCGCGCUCACACCUUCAUCAAACUGUCACAACUUGGGGACGACUACAGGACCACUGUCGGUGUAAUAUCCACGCCAAACACGCAUACAGAGCGUUGACAGCUUAAAGGUAAAAUAAGCAUUUUUAACUUAAACUUACUCUCUGACUCUCAUGCUGUGUGCUUUAGUUUGUUUUAUCUCCAAAGUCAAAUCAAGGAAGUCGUAAGUUGCACUUGGAAAUAUACUGUAAACCGUUUGCUUAACACUUGAAAGUUAUACAUACAACUAUUAAAUAACACUAUGUUUAUGUACCUCUAUGUUAAAAGUUAUCAAGAGCACACAGUAAAUAUAGCAACACUUUUAAUGGCAGUAAACUUAUUUAAAGUAGCAUUAUCUUGAUGGAUAUGUGUAUUACAAUAGAAGUGAUUCCUCCUCCUGAUAAACAAAAAAGGUCACGCUCAGGUAGUUGGAAAGGGUUUUGAGAUAUAAUGUUGAUAAUUAAUCAGAAUAAUGUGUUUUAAAUGUACUGACUUAUGACCACUUCUUAAAGUUUGUCUCACUUUGGGGAAAUGAGGCUUCAUGUCGAAAAUACCUUGACUUCCUUUUUGGUACUUCAGCAAAUGGUGCUCAGAGUUUGCAGUUGCACACCAGUAUAUUUAGACUGAAAAAGUAACACCCCGUGAAUAGAGAUGAAACGUUUUUGAAUGAAUGCAGCAAGACUACGCUUUGUCGUUUCUCAAAGUGGUGUUGUGUCCUCAGUGUGGCUCAUGCUGUUUUCCUUCCCCAGAUGUGGAAGUCAGUCGUGGGCCACAAUGUUAGUAUGAAGGUGGCUGCAGAGGGGGAUGACUGGGAGACGGACCCUGACUUUGAGGUAGUCUACUCUGCCCGGAGCGCUUGGUUAUGUGGAAAAAAUUAGUGUUUGUCUUUGAUCCUCUUCUGUCUCACAUUUGUAUUUUCAGAAUGACGUAUCAGAGCAGGAGCAGAGGUGGGGGGCAAAGACCAUCGAGGGCUCGGGCCGUAAAGAACACAUCAGGUGAGUUAUGUACCUUCGUGUCUAUUAAUAAAUGACUCUUUAAGUAAUGUAGGGGAAAGCAGGCCAGAGUGGGUGCUGCGUAGAAACAGGAAGAGGAAGUGAAAAGAGCACAAGCUGUCAAGCUGCAAGACUGUCCUAAUAUGGGUAAUAUAUGAUGAUGACACACUGACAGAGAGAUUUAAACUGCUGUGCUUUCUCACCACAGACGUAGACAGGUUUUCACACUGUUGCCAUAGAUGCAGGAUUACUUCUAUCCUACGUUCAUACCAAACAGUUACUGUCAGUCAUUACCUGGCAACAGCUGAAUGUACUUGUGAAUCUAGAUUAAGGUGCUCCCUCACUCACCUCCAGUUGGUGAAACAAUGGUGGCUUUCAAGAAGCUCCAGUAGCCGUCAGAGAGGAGGCUGAAGACCCACAUCCUUUGCUUCUUGGUUGAUGGGAGGUUAGGCUGCAAUAUGGUGAACCAGCUGGUGGCUGAGACGAUGUCAACACUAAAUGCAGUCUUUGUGCCUUUAAAAUCCAAGUGGUUAGAUCAGGUCUUUUACAAGUGGAAACUGUGGGAAUAUGUUCUCAUUAUUUAAAACUAUGUUAUGAGUGAUCAAUAGUCCAGGUUUUUAUCAUUGUCAGUUUGUUUAACUCCUGUCCGGCUCGUCAGUGUUGCAGAGCUCAGAAGCAAAGUGGCUGUGGAGCACGAGCAGGUGAAGCAAAAGGAUCAGACUCCCAAAGCCUCGUACGGAUAUGGAGGGAAGUUUGGAGUCGAGAAAGACAGAAUGGACAAGGUUGGCUAGUUCUGUUUGUUCAACUCGCCUACUGCAAAUAUUUUUAUGUCUUUAAUGCCCCUACUCUGCAUCCACGCUUAUACACUACUUCUUAUUCUACUGCUGGACUACUACAACUUUAUACUGCUGCUGUAGUCUGGAUCUGUUCAUGAAUAUUUUUUGAUUGUCUAGGCGGCAUUGGGGCACGACUAUGUGGCACAAGUCGAGCAGCACUCCUCACAGAAAGAUGCAGCGAAAGGGUUUGGUGGGAAAUUCGGUGUUCAGAAAGACCGCGUGGACAAGGUAAGAACCCUGAUCUCAGGAAGUUCGUCCUCUGCUGAAUUCAUCAGUAAACGGAGAAAGUUUUUCAGUGAGUUUAGUAUGUAUUGACAUAAUUUCUAUGAGAACAUGGUUAAAAUAGAGUAAAUGUGAUGUUGACCCACUUUAUAUAACUAACUUGAUAAUUUAUUCCAUCGAAGAAACAUCAUAUUUGAAUGUAGAAAACUGUAAUUUUUUGGCUGUGGAUAACUUUAUGUUUGAGAAAAUAUACAGCUAUUUCCUCCAAACUGCAUGCAUGUAUGAGUCCUGUUAUCUUAACCUUUAUUAGUCGUCACUGUUUUCAACUGUUUCAACAUUUCAUAACGUCUGUGUGUUCAUGUGCACAAGACUCUGAUCAGACUUUCCAUAUGGGGGAAAAAAAAAACAGACACAAAGAUCAUUAGCACACUGAUUCAUAUAAUUCUCAUAACUGCAUUGAUAAACUCUAUUAACUAUUCUUUCAGCUCUCUCUGUGUAAUUCACAGCAUGUGGAGGUAUUGAUUAUAUAUUAUGUUAUGAAUUCUUAUGACAACAAAUCUUAUGCAGCUGACUUUUGACAGUUGACGUAUCCUCAAAUGUAAACAAACAGAGCUUUUCCUUUAGUUGCUUGGCUGAAAUCUAGUCCCCUCGCAAGUAUUAACACUUAUGACAUAUAAACUGUGAAUUUCGUUGUUGAUGGUCUUGUUUGCUUUUGGAUAUCAUAAAAAGGCAUUAAUAUAAAUUUCAGUCCAUUUCAUAAAUAUGAAAAAACUUUUAACAGGAGCUUUAAUAAAUUAAACUCAGUCUCCUUCUGAGAAUGACUUUGGUAUUAAUUCUUUGAUGCGUCAACUUUAUCUACACAUUUUUGAAAAAGAGAACAAAGUAAACAUGUGAGAUGCUGCAGAGGAAUAUUGAGAUUAACCACUUGCCUUGCUCCAAUUUUGGAGGUGAAUUGAUGCAAGAUAUAAACAGGAUCUUAGGUCAUGCAGAGCAACUAAAAAGUGGUCUAAUUCUGUGCAUGUUACAACACGCCUACAGCAAUGAAACUAACAAAAACUGAUCGAUCAAGAAUCAAACUUUUGUUCUGUAAGGAAACCUCAAUCAACAACAUUUGUCAAAUUUUAACAGGUUUUAAACAUCUUUGAAACAGAUGUUUAAAGAAAUGAAUGAAGCUUCAAUGUGAUCUGUUUUGUGUGUUUGUUUGUGUUUGUGCAGUCUGCUAUGGGCUUUGAGUACAAAGGACAGGUGCAGCAACAUGCCUCCCAGAAAGGUAGGACGUGUCGACCAAACUGUACUAUCUUCUUUUUGGGAUAGAUGGACAAAAUAAAACUGUUUCUGUCGUAAAAUCCAUAUUUUAUAGAUUACUCAAAAGGAUUUGGAGGAAAAUACGGGGUGGAGAAGGAGAAGGUGGACAAGGCUGCUUUGGGCUACGACUAUAAAGGAGAAACUGAGAAGCACCAGUCACAGAAAGGUGAGACUGAGCUGAAUUUUGUUUCUUUUUUUUUUACCUUGAACAUAAAAAAUGCUUGAUUUUGGAUUUUAAUUUCAAUAGACUAUGCUAAGGGAUUUGGAGGAAAAUACGGGGUGGAGAAGGAAAAGGUGGAUAAAGCUGCUUUAGGCUACGACUAUAAAGGAGAAACUGAGAAGCACCAGUCACAGAAAGGUGAGUAGAUCACAUCGUAGCUUUCACUCUUUUUACCUUUUCAUCUUAUAUUCCUUUUUCUGUGUUCUUUGCUUUGAUUGGUUGGUUCUAUAUCCAGUUUACUCAAAGGGCUUUGGAGGAAAAUACGGUGUUGAGAAGGAGAAAGUGGACAAAGCUGCGUUAGGAUAUGAUUAUAAAGGAGAGACAGAGAAACAUCAGUCACAGAAAGGUUAGGAAACAGCCACAUGUGUGCGUUUAUAUUAAUAACUUCUUGAAUGUCAGCAUAACCAGAUUUAUUUGUUUUCAGAUUACUCAGCAGGUUUUGGAGGCCGCUAUGGAGUACAGGCAGACCGCAUGGAUAAGGUCAGUCACAGAGCUGUAGCUUCUUCUUAUUUUGAUCAAUCUGGAGGUGAUUUCUCUGAUUUAUUGAUAAGAUUUUACUCAUAAUCUGAGCAAAGAGUAUUUCUAUCACAUCAUCACUCAGCUUUAGGUUUAAAAGAUAUAAAGAUAAGGCGGCCUAAAUGAUCAUGUGACAACACUGUCAAAGAGAUCAUCACUAUAUUUUAUGUAAACUAGCAUCAACAGUGAUUGUUGUUGUUUUAGCCCUUAUGAGUGUCCUAUAACUGUGAGAGAUUAAUGCGGAGAGCUUCAAGGUUAUAUGAGACAACUUGGCUGUUUGUUAUGGCAGAAGACAGGGUGAUAUUAGGUAACAUAAAAGUUGGUAUUACCAGAAUGAAGCAUUAGUGUUACAUAGAUAUGGUUGUAAUUUUAUAAAAAUAAAGCGGCAAAAGGAAAAAAAGCUCAAAAUUUACACGAAAAAUGUUCUGGAUCCGAUUUAUUAAUCGAUAUAAUCAGAAUCAGGAUAAUCUGUGAGUCCAGGUGCUGAUUUACUGAGAAAUUAUGAUACAGUUACCAAUGAAACUUAAAUUUAGACAUAACUUUAUAAGAUGCUCCCAGAAUUUCCCAGUUUGGGAUCAAUAAAGUAUAUCUAUCUAUCUAUCUAUGCUCUAUCUAACCUAGUUUAGUGCAGGUCGCUGGCUGCUCUUUUGUCAUUCCCCUUCAAAAUAAGAUACAGGCUUUAAAUAGACCAUAAUUAAACUUUAUUAACAUAAAGCAAAAACUUAAUCUCUUAUAAUUUUACAGCUUAAUUCUGAUAAAUUUAUGAAGUUUCCUGUUACGUCUUUAUUGUUGUAAAUUGAAAACUUUUUCCUUUAUAUGUAAAAAUGCCUUUAUUCACAUAAAUUUACAAUAUUUCCUCUUACAACUUUAUUCUUGUGAGUUUUCAUAUUUUUCUUGUAAAAUUUACAUCUCUACAAACAAUCAUGAAGUUUUCUCAGACAUCUAAAUUUUAAACGUGACUUAAUCCUUGUUCGUGUAAAUGUUUUUCUCAUAAAUCCACUGUUUCUCUGGUGGAUGAAUUUAAAAAGUUAUUUAUGGCUUUAUUCUUAUGAAUUUAUGACUCCACGCUCAUAAACUAACUAUGUUUCUCUAACCACCUUGUGCUUGUAAAACUACAUACUUCUCUUAUAACUUCCUAAAUUUAUGCAUAAACAUAUUUUUGGUUCUGUCUAACAUUUUCAUUUGUGUCAGAUUUGUACUUCUAGUAAAUUUGUCAAUUCUUGUUCAUUAGAUUUUUUUUCUCAAAAAUCUUUUUUGUAAAUGUACAGUUGUAUUGUGAAAACCUCAGUUUAAUUCUACUGUAUUGUGAACUUCAUACUGUGUUGCAGCAUAAAUACUGUUGAUCAAGUUGUGGAGCUUCUGUUACAAACUUUCUGUUGGUGUCUGUUUGGGCGCCCCCAUGUGGACAAAGUGAUACUUCUUAUCUCUUUGUUGAUUUUGCCCUGUAUGUGUGUUAGUUGUGUCUUUGACAAUAGCAUGCUGUUAAUCAUCAGGUCUGGGACCGCCUCAGACUGCGGUGACAGACAUUAUGAAUCACUGUGGGUUAACAGACUUGCUGCUGAUGAUCACGUCUACUUGUCCGUCAUCGCUGAUCUUUUCAGUCUGUUUCAUCAGACUGAACCAGCUCACAGCUCCUCUCUGAGGCUUUAAAUGAGGUGUUGCACAUAGAUUGCUGAUAUUAAUCUACUUCAUGGCUUAUUCCUGUCUUAACCUUGAGCUCCUGUUCUUACCUGUUUGUUUUUACAAGUGAAUGUGGGCUCUGACUGUGAGCCAGAACAAACUGGUUAUAUACAGCAGCUGAGAGGGAAGAUAAGCAGCAAGCUUUAAGAUGUUGGAGCAAGAAAAUGUUUGACAGAUCAGUCUUCACAACUUACUUUUGAUCAUCUCUCAUUUUACAAACUCAUCCUUCUAGCUUCAGACGUCAUUUAAAAGUUAAAAAGUUUAUUUUGUUCCCCUCCUUUUUUAAGAGUGCGGCUGGCUUCUCGGACAUAGAGUCUCCCACCUCUGCCUAUGAGAAGACACAACCCAUAGAGGCCUGUAAGUCCAUCUUUCCACCAACAUAUCAGCAAUACUGUGAAAUCUAAACUAUUAAAGCCACUCACACUGAGUUGUUCGGACUACUGGGAACUAAGUUUAAGUCUUUACUGAAUCUCUGUGUUCAUUUUCUGCGCAAACCAGCAAGUUCAGGAGCUGGAAAACUGAAGGCACGUUUUGAGAACUUGUCCAAGGCUUCAGAAGAGGAGAACAGGAAGAAAGCAGAAGAAGAAAGAGCGAAGAGGCAAGCCAGAGAGAGCCGAGAGCGAGAGACAGCCAAACGCAGGCAGGAGGUAACAUGUAAUAAGAUAAACAUGUAAACCGGUCCAAAAUCAGCUGGAGUCAGUAUUCAUCAUGAUGUAGAUUAUUUUCGUUCCCUGUAGGAGGAGAGCAGAAGAGAGCAGGACAUUCAUCCUCCACCUGUCCCAGCUACAGAGUACACUAUGCCACAACUGGAGGUACAUGAGCACAUGCCAGAGAUACGAGAAAUGCCAGAACCAGAACCAGAACCAGAACCGGAGGUACAAGUCUUUAAAUAUCUAAUGAUUGCACUAACAACUCUACCUGAUUUAUCUGUUUAUAGGAAAUAUUCUGAUAUACCAUCAUUACAUUCACAUUUAGAGCUCAACCACUGCCAUGUAUCAAACAAAUAACAAACUCAAAGUGCCAAUGAAUCAAAAAUGAGGGCCGAGAACAAAAACUUAUCUGGGUUUUCCGCUCGUACGGCUGAUGAUGAACUAAGUGUAUUUACUGUAGUAUCAUAACAUUGAAUAUAUAAAAUGUUGUUUACAAAAGGAACCAGAGUAUGAAGAGCCACCUGCUCUGCCUCCACGCUCUGAGGACUACCUGGAUGAAGACGACGACGCUCCGCCAUUACCAGACAGGUCAGUGAGUGUGGACGAAGAGGAGGAGGACAAAGGAGACUAUGAGGAACUUGUUGAACCACCUCCUGCACCAAAAGGUUUGUGUCUCACUGUCAGUUUGAUGUUAAACCAAGUUUUUACAGUAUAAUUCAUUCUUUCAUCUUCUCUUACAGCGGACGAGAACGACUAUGAAGACCUGACGUGUGGCCAGCAGGCAGUAGCAAUUUAUGACUAUGAAGGAGGUGUGUCACUCUCUACGCUCUUCUGAUCAAAACUCUUCCUAUCAUUGAGAACUUACUGCUCACUGUCUGUCCCCACAGAGGCUGACGACGAGAUCUCAUUCAACCCAGAUGAUGUCAUCACCAACAUUGAGAUGAUCGACAAGGGCUGGUGGAAGGGACAGUGUCACGGACGCAUCGGCCUGUUUCCAGCUGCUUAUGUUCAGUUGAUGGACUGAGCCACAUGCUCAGCAGGUUCCUGCACAAUCUUAAGUUUUUAAAGUUUAAAUCAAAAUAAGACCGUUUUACGACUGCAGAAAGAAAAAAAAUCACUGCAUUUUUGUACUGUCUUCUAUGAGAAUGAUUCCUGUACUUUCUAUCACUGAGCUUAAAACUAAACAGACUUACAACAUGUAUCAGCAAAGUUGAAAUGAAGUUUUAUGAUUGAGCUUUUCAUGUUGACCAUUUUUGUCCAUUUUUCAUCCAUACAGUUGCAUUAAGGCUAUUAUUGUUUAACACCCUUAACUUAAUGUAUAUGUUCAUGACAUAGACUGUAUAUACUAUGGACAACUUGGUUCCGCCUUCCGCCAGUAUAUAGAUUUGAAGCCGAAAAGCUCUCGGUAUUUCCGUGAUUUUUCUCCAUUUCCUGAAACCAACAUUGCGCAGGAGUGUUGUACGCACUUUAUCACUUGCGAAGUAGCAUUGUACGCAUUCGGCGGGAGAGUUGCCGAGAGUCGCCAUGAUGUCGCUCUGCUCAAACAGUGUAUCUCCCGGGAGAGCUAUGCAACCUUUGUAUGCCAAUAGGCUGUAUCAAGUGUCAAUCAUAGAAAACUUGAACCCCCUCAUAACUCUUAAAAAUGGAGCUGUACAGAAAAAAGAGGACUUGAGCACAAACCAGUCUGACGAUAACAUGUCAACAUCGCAAGCAGAGUGGAGGAAAAUGUAUAUUCUGUGUAAUAAAUUUCUAAAGGUCGUCCAAAGCCCCAUAAGCUUUGCCAGCGGAGGCGGGAUUUAUGACCUAUACUGCAGCACGUCACCAGAGGGUGAUGUUCUUGGGGUGGCUUCACCCAGCGAGGAGGCAGACGGCGUUCAUUCUAUGGUGCAUGAUCAUACUGUGCCACCAUUCUGCUCACAAAGUCAGUGAUUCAAACCGUUAAUGUAAAUCUGGUCUUUUGAGUACUUUGGCUAUUUUUUCUAUUAAACUUGACAUGUCUGUUGCCGGGCAGAUUACAGGUGAGCAUAUGAUACUGAAGUUUCAAAGCUUGUAUUAUGUGAAUGACCCACACAGCUUCAUUCUGAGGAGCUUGUCAUACUGUUUUCUAGGUCUGAAUCUUCAUUUUUUUCAGUACAAAGCUUUCGAGCUUCAUCUGGCCAUCACUAGGGUAACAUAGAGAAACAUCCUGAUCAGAUAUGAUGGGAAGGAAGUAAAAAGUGUGAAUAGACAAGAAAACUGCAGCCUGACUCCAACGAUAUUGUGAUUUAUUAUUGACGAUACAAACCAUUGAUCUGUCAUUUUGGAGAUCAACAAGUCACAACAAAGGGCUGGGAUUAAGACAAGCUGAAGGUCAUGUACAGUAUAAUUUGCACAAGCUUUACUUCCUCAAAACUUGUCCCAACAUAAGAUGACGCUGCUCUCCUGCAAGAAUAAACAUCUUCCUGCAGUGAGUCACUUCAAGUUCUGCCAAACCACAAACCCCGAUCCACUGAAGAGAACGAGAUCCAGCAGCAGGAAUAACAGAAAUCAUGUAUAAAAGAAUACAUGAUAUGAUGCACACUAUGUUUCUGCAUCAAAAGUCUUUAAGUCCUUGUGUUUCCUCCUUUGGCUCACCAGGAGAUCCCCUUCUUCUUCUUCUUGCCCUGGCCGCCCUUCUUUGCCAUCCGCUUGCCUUUCAGUUUCUUUGCCUGUCGCUGAUUCAUCCACACGGGGUACUGACCGUUUUCAUCCAACAACGUCGCCUUGUUACGCUUGCUGUCCAUGUCCAUCUUCCCCUCUGUAUGUAACACACAGAAAAAGAUUAAGGAGAACGAUGUAAAAAAAAA